CUCAUUAGCAGGGUGCAGGCCCACAGGAGGGCAGCUCCCUUAUCAGUCAAGGUCCUGUGCAGCUUGAGAGGUGCAUGAGAAUUCGAGCACAUGGGAGUCUUGUUGGACAGCUUUCUCUAGACGAAGGCACUGGAGAGAGGCACCUAUAAAUACAGCCUCCGCAAAGCUUCAGUUCCCUAUUUCUGGCCAAGUCUCCGGAUAUGAGGUGGAUUCUGCUUUUCGGGGCCCUCAUCGGGGUUGUAUGGGGCACGCGAACAUUUGUCGGUGACCAAGUUCUCCGGGUCGAGCCCUGCAACGAGGAACAGGUCGACCUACUGAAGCAGCUGGAAGCGCAAGAGACUCUCCGGCUCGAUUUCUGGCACUUCCCUUCCUACCCCGAUCGCCCGGUGGAUGUCCAAGUCCCCUUCGCUUGUCUCCAAACUGUCAAGGUUUUCCUGGAGUCCCACCAUGUCAAGUACUCCGUCCUCAUUGAAGAUGUCCAGGCAAAGGUGGUUGAAGAAACCCGAGAGAUGGAACGCAAUCAGCGGAGCGAACGUAGCCGGAGCAGUUUCAACUUUGCCGCUUAUCACCCCUUAGAAUCCAUAUAUAAAGCGAUGGACGACAUUGUGGCCCAAUAUCCCCAGCUUGUGAGCAAAGUCCAGAUCGGGGAGUCCUAUGAAAAAAGGCCCCUCAAUGUUCUCAAGUUCAGCACCGGGGGAACCAAUCGCCCGGCGAUCUGGAUUGACGCCGGGAUUCACGCUCGAGAAUGGGUCACCCAAGCCACGGCCCUCUGGACAGCGAAUCAGAUUGCCUGUGACUACGGGGAAGAUCCGGUCUUGACCUCCGUGUUGAACGCCAUGGAUAUCUUCCUGCUGCCCGUCGCCAAUCCCGACGGAUACGUCUUCUCUCAUACCAAUAACCGCAUGUGGAGGAAGACCCGUUCUAAAGUCGCCGGCAGCAGCUGCAUCGGAGUGGAUCCCAACAGAAACUGGGACGCGGGCUUUGGAGGACCGGGCGCCAGCAGCAACCCCUGUUCCGAUUCCUACCACGGUCCCAGCGCCAACUCCGAAGUGGAGGUCCGGUCCAUUGUGGACUUCAUCAAGAACCACGGGAAUGUCAAGGCCUUCAUUAGCAUCCACAGCUACUCCCAGCUGAUGAUGUACCCUUACGGGUACAAGUGCAGCAACCCCAAGGAUUCAAAAGAGCUGGAUGAAGUGGUGAAAGCAGCGACCAGCGCCUUGACGUCCCUCUACGGCACCAAAUACAAAGUUGGGCCGAUUUGUUCCGUGAUCUACCAAGCCAGCGGGGGCAGCAUCGACUGGUCCUAUGACUACGGCAUCAAGUACUCCUUUGCCUUUGAACUGCGAGACACCGGACGAAACGGCUUCCUCUUGCCAGCCAAUCAGAUCAUCCCGACAGCGGAAGAGACCUGGCUGGGGCUGAAGACCACCAUGGAAUACGUGCGGGACCAUCCCUAUUGAGAGGGGGAGUAGGGGGCAGGCAGGGGGGGAAGGGAUCGUGGCCAAGGAAAUAAAGGCCUUGUAGCCACUGGGUGUUCCCACUCUCUCAGCCUGACCUACCUCACUGGGUUGUUGUGAGGAUAAAACAGUGGGGGGAGAAUGAU